AUUUGGGCUAUGACUAAUGCCCAUGUGUGUUCUUUGCUGCACAUGUACGUAGACUCUAUACCUGAGAGCUGAGAGUUUGGGCCAAGUAACGUUUGUUGAGGUUUAUCGACGUCGGGUGGUCUCCUUGGCACUGGAAGUGCAUUCGUGAGGCCCAGUACUGUUUGGCAUCUAAAAUUGGCGAUCAUAAAUCGCCGGAAGAAUUCGCUACAACCCGCAAGUAACCCUUCUUCGUUCAUUUUUGCUUUGCCGUCCUUUGCAUUCACUACCACGAUGCCGAAAAAGUCAGGCAAAGGCAAGGAGAAGAAGAUGAAGCGAAAGGAGGAGGCGGCCAAGGUUGCUGUGGCUAUGGCAGCCGUGACCAAGGCUAACCAGAUAGAGAAGCCAAUGGAGAGCUUGGUGGCUUUCUCCUCCUUCAAUCGAAAUGGAGUAAAUGUCUCAGUGGAGUGUCUCCGUAGUACAGCCAUGAGUGCUGAGGACAAGGACUGGGCGUACACACUGACACGCGACAACAUGAAGGACACGUACGUAUCCUGCGGCUGGGGCUGGAAUGAUCACGACAAGAGAGACGAGAUCUUCGACGAGCGCGCCUGGUUCAUCAUUGCACGUUCAGCUGAGGACAACGCACCAUUGGGUUUGGUAAACUUCCGAUUCGACAUCGACGAGCAAGUUGAGGUGCUAUAUGUGUACGAGAUCCAGUUGGAAAGGAGUGUUCGGCGGAAGGGGCUUGGCCGCUUCAUGAUGCAGCUAACUCAGCUCAUUGCUGCAAAGGCAUCAAUGGCCAAAGUUGUAGCCACCGUCUUCAAAGAGAACAUGGCAUCAAUGAAGUUCUUCCUACAAGUACUCAAGUUUGAUUACGACGACACAUCGCCGUGCGUGUGUGACCCUGGCAACGGUGAGGACUACGCACACGAGAUUGUCAGCAAACGACUGCGUCCCGUGCAGGCCGCUGUUGCUGUGGUGCCGGCCGCUAGCGCUGCUGCCGUGGCCUAGUCGGCACGGUAACCACCACUCUGCCGGCCGCUGGUCUCCAUGGUGGAGUAUGGAUUUAUGUCUCCUCUUGCCUGCCUUUGGUCUCCAUGGUAACGGCUGAGCGUGGAGUUAACUCGGCUCUUGCCUGCAUUCGAUAGGGGUUGAGCGUGGAUUUCUCUCUGCUCCCCUUUCCUGAGGUACGAGAUGGUAUCGUGAAGAGAUGUGCCUAGUCACGAUUGAAGUCACCUUGCCGAUUUCAUUGUCAAUGAACUGUGUGGGAUUCACCGCCGCCUUAGUGCAAGCUGCAGUAUCAACGACAACCUACCGGUGGAGAUCGCCAGGCUGGUGGUUUAGGCAGUCCAUGGCGUCGUCGUCCCUGUCGAUAACCCUCUCCUUGAGCCAAUGUGUUUGUCAUCGUGCAUGUCGGCCAGCUCUGUAUUGUCGUGUACCGCCGAUACAUGUACUCCGCGUCUCCGCUAUAUGAACGUGUUGCCAGUUUCAGCACAGGAUUGGUUGGCUUCACCUGAGCUCACUGCCGUCGCCAUUGUCGUCAUGGCCGUUCCCCGGUAAUUUGAGCGGGCGUGCCUCGCGUACCUUCCAGUUUGUUGCCGGUACGUCAACGUUACAUUUUUGAACCCGUCGCUUCGUUCUCGGACUCGGUUUGUCGCAGCUCAUUGCUUGAAGACAAUCGAUCACUGCCCACGCUUCACAAAAUGUGUGGACAUGUCCAACUUUUCGCUGCCAGUAGAUACAGCCUACAUGUAGACAGGUAGUUGUUUGAAAUUGAACCGAGUACAACGGUACGGAAUAGUGGUAAUAGUAGUAGUGUGGGGAACAACCAACCUUUUUUUCUCCUUUUUUUAGUUUUUUUUUACCAGAGUAUGAUAGAUUUCUCUUUUACCUGUCUAAAAUGAUUUGCCAAGCUUUUCAAGAUUUUUACGUACCCGUUCCUU